AUGGCAGUGGAUGGCGCGUCUGAUUCAUUGUCAGAAGUGCAAGAGGAGGCGGAUGUCGCAACCCGGGCGGACAUGAUAGACAAGUAUGAUGAUGAUUUCGACCCUGCAGCGUUGCCUGUCAAACCUCCUGCUGAUCUGGCUGUGUUCGUUCCAGCCUUGCACGAGCCUGGGGUGCCAGGCAAAGCAGCAGCUGCUCGUACUGAAAUUCGCAAAGUGUGGUUACGUGAAAUACUUGAAGGCACAGACCCCGAGCAUUGUGCGCGUGACGUCAAAGCAUCAGCCGUGAUCGGACGCCUGACGGCAGGUGCAAAAACAGUGGAGCUUCGCAGCAAGCCAUGUCCAUCGGACCGCAUAGGAUGCAAGAUCAGUUUGAUGGAGACAGGGACCAAGCUCAUCAAGGGAACCGCCAUCCUGGCAGAAUCGCGUGCGCUUACCGUCGAGGAACAGAUCAUUUUCGGCGGCGUCCUGCAGGCGCACCGCUGUGUACUUCAAACACUCAGCACCCAGACUGGUUCGCAGGCAUUGAAGUACGAGGCCAAGCAGACUUAUGCGCGGGUCUUGCAGGACGUCCGCGUCCAUCCGGAACCUUUCGAGGCGAGUGCCACAGCUUGUAGGAGGGAGUGCGGAGAACAGUACUCGCACAGGUGCCAGCGUGGGCGGCGCAUGGAGCCGUGGUUUGGCUACGACGCGAGCAUUGCCUGA